UAAUUUAGGGGCACACGGCCCGUAUCAAUAGUAAUCACGUUCUUUCCCUUGUCAGGGGCGUUCAGCGAGGGCUGAUUGAAGAUGCUGGGCUCCAGCACCAGCCAGCUGGCGCCCGCUAUGGUGCGCUCUAUUGCUUCCAGCGCUGCUGCGAGUACCGCUGCACCGGUGCUCGCUGCUAAGAGCGGUGGCCUGCUCGCCUCGGUGUUCGGCAUGGGUGGUGGCCGUGUGGAGGUGCCUCUCAGCGAGAAGCUGCCCGCUGUGACGGAGCCGCCCCGGACUUCUACUCCCGCGACUAAGCCAAUUGUGCAAACUUCCAGCCUCAGAUCUGGCGUGAAGGUGGCUAGCAUUAACACAGUCAGCCCGAUUUCCAGCCUGGUCCUUUUCGUGGAGGGUGGUGCAGCUGCAGAGACCCCUGCCACUGCCGGAGCCAGCAAGGUGCUGGAGGUUGCCGCGUUUAAGGCCACGGCGAACCGCUCUACUUUCCGUCUGACGCGCGAGCUGGAGAAGAUCGGCGCGACCUCGUUCGCGCGCGCCGGUCGCGACCAUGUCGCCUUCGGCGUCGACGCCACCCGCCUGAACCAGCUGGAGGCGCUGGAGAUCCUGGCGGACGCGGUCGUGAACGCCCGCUACACGUACUGGGAGGUGCGCGACAGCCUGGACGCCGUGAAGGAGCAGCUGGCUGCGCAGCUGCGCAACCCCCUGACCGCCGUGAACGAGGUGCUGCACCGCACGGCCUUCGAGGGCGGCCUGGGCCACUCGCUGGUGGUGGACCCCUCCGUGGUGGACGGCUUCACCAACGAAACGCUGAAGGAGUACGUUCACAGCAUCAUGGCGCCCUCGCGCGUGGUGCUGGCCGCCUCCGGCGUGGACCACGCCGAGCUGACGGCGCUGGCGACGCCGCUGCUGAACCUCCACGGCAACGCCCACCCGGCUCCCCAGUCCCGGUACGUGGGUGGCGCCAUGAACAUCAUCGCGCCCACCUCGUCUCUGACGUAUGUGGGCCUGGCCUUCGAGGCCAAGGGCGGCGCGGGCGACAUCAAGUCGUCCGCCGCGGCCUCGGUGGUGAAGGCGCUGCUGGACGAGGCGCGCCCCACCAUGCCCUACCAGCGCAAGGAGCACGAGGUGUUCACCUCCGUGAACCCCUUCGCCUUCGCGUACAAGGGCACUGGCCUGGUGGGUGUGGUGGCGUCGGGCGCGCCCGGCAAGGCGGGCAAGGUGGUGGACGCGCUGACCGCGAAGGUGCAGUCGCUGGCCAAGGGCGUCACGGACGUGCAGCUGGCCACCGCCAAGAACAUGGCGCUGGGCGAGCUGCGCGCCUCCGUGGCCACCGCACCCGGCCUGGCGGCGGCGGUGGGCUCCAGCGUGCUGGCGACGGGCAAGUUCAGCGCGAACGAGGUGGCGGCGGCGCUGUCGGGCCUGACGGCGGCGGACGUGACCAGCUACGUGAACGCCAUGAUUAAGACGGCGCCCACGUUUGUCACGUACGGCAACCUGUCCAGCCUGCCGCGCGUGGACUCGAUCGCCAAGCGCUUCGCGUAAAUUUGUGCGGAGCUGGGGCUAGGACACUGCAGCGGCGCGCGAGCCAGAGCAGCGGCAAUGGCGUUCUAUUGCGGAACGGCCUGUGUGGGGUGGCCUUGGGAUUGGCUGAGGCGUUGGAGGGAGCCGUGGGAGGGGCGCCAGCGGCUGCGGGAGAGGGGCGCGGCAUGUGCCGCAGGCGGCGCAGCGGUGGUGAGCUUCCUGAGCAUGUGGAGCCAUCGUGGCGGAUCUGCCAGGCGGCGUGGACGCGAUGCUGCUGGACCCUAGCAGCACUGGCAACGGGCAGGGUGCUGCCAUGGAGCAAACACCGGAGCGGGAGCGGGGUUUGAGACACAUGGGGUAGCUGUAUCAGGGUUGUGCCCGGAGACCAUGUGGGCUAGGGUACCGAGUGGCGUGGGGGCGCGGAGCCCUGAGGUGCCAAAGGAUACUGGCAGCGGGCUGUGGGACGGAGGACGUGUGUGGGUGCGGCAGUGGCAUUGGCGUGCCGAGGAACAGGUGUAGCCGCAAGCUUGACAACAUAGCAGCACGGGUUAGAGAUAGGCCAAGGCCCCUAAACGUGUCCGGAUAUGAGAUUGAGAGGCAUCGUAGGUAGGCACCUAGUAUGAGUAGCUGUCCGGAAAGGCCUUUACUUGUUCCAUCAGGCGGCGAUCCAGUGGGUAUCGCCACAGCAGGGGUUGCUAACUGAAGUUACUAACGCAUCUCUCAUGUGUCAUGGCGGGGUCGGGUUAUGCAACAGCAGGGUCUGGUAGAGCACAAUCUCACGACAACCAACGCACGCAAAGGCUGGCAUAUGCGGGCAGAGUGGCAGACAGCUGGGAGCCCGGGAGUAGCCCGAGCGGCCAGCACGGCGAGUUAGCGGAUGGGUGGACAUUCUUGGGAACCAAGGUUACCAAGCAGCGACGCAGAUGCCCCUCGUUUAUUACUUGCAGA